AUGUCGACCGCGCCGUACCUGCGCAACCUGCGCAAAGCCGAGCUGACCGAGCUCGCCGAGGUCUCUGACCUGAAAGACUACGCCGAUUUGAAAAAAGCCGAGCUCGAGACUGCGUUGGACAGCCACUUGCGCGCCAACAGCUCCAUCUUCUCCGGCGAGAAGCGCCUGGCCGAUUACUACAAACGCCUUGCCCAGCCUGCACGCGUUUCGUCGCCAGUGAAGAAGGAGCCCAAGGCCGAGACGUCUUCUAUUGCCUCUGAAGAGAAGAAAUUCACGCGCCGGCGGAAGCCCUCUGCUGAAGUAGACGAGACCGAACCCGAAAAGACGACGACCCCCUCGGCGCCUGUCGUGGCUGCGCGCACCCCAGCGCGGUUGGCGCGGUCGCCGCUGUCGUUUGCCAGCUCGCUGCCGCCGUCGCCUGCCGUCGUCACGGAUGCCAUUGACCGCCAGACCACCAUUGUUCGCGAGAAGGUGUCUGACGCAUGGACCAAGUCGGGCAUUACAGAGCGCUCCGACGCUCUCCGAAGCGCCCUCAGCAGUGUCAAGUCGAUCGAGACCAUCAUCGUCGUUCUAGAGCUGAUUAGCCUCUCGCGCGAGCUCGUCCCUCUGCGUUACUUGACGACCUUCCCAGCCGUCGACUCGAUCGCCACGCCCGAGUUUUCGGUCAAGGUGCCCGAUCUGUUUGUUCUCAUCACCGGCGCUUUCUGGGCGCCAUUCCUCCUCUGGGCCCUGACCAGUCUGGUCUUGCCGCUGACUGCGGCCUACUUCUUCAACCUGAGCCUCCGCGCGCAGACUAGCCACUCGUACAGCACUCGGCGUGCCUCUGCUGUCGCUAGUCCUGCGACUUUUGACCCGUUGGUUUACAACAUUGCCAAGGCGCUGGUUUCGUACCUCGUGUACGCAAACCACUUUACGUUCUGGGAGACCUUUAGCCACUUUUCCCUCGAGAGGGUCAAUGUCUCUAUUCCCGGACAAUGGCCCGGUCUUGUGACCGGCUCUGCUAUCGGCAUUCUCACCAGUCUGUACGAGGCCAUCUUGAAGAAGUGA